AUGGCCACGACCUCAACUAGCUCAGAGAAAUUAUCUACGAAAAAUUCAUGGUGCCGCAGUGACUGGGUCUUAAACCGUGAAGGAUGUUGCAUAAAGACUGCAGAAGGCAAAGGAAGAGGUGUCUAUGCAUCUCGCAUUAUACCAUCCCAGACCGUGAUCGAAGUUAGCCCUGUACUUCUUUUCACUAGAACUGAGUAUGAUAAUUAUGGAAGACAUACGAUCCUGGAUCAUUAUGCAUUCAAAUGGCGAGAUGGACGAAUGGCUCUCGCCCUUGGGCUUGGCUCCCUUUUCAAUCAUUCCAGCAAUCCAAACGUGUCAUACACGAUUGAUCCCGCUCAUGACUGUAUCAAGUACACGACUACAAGGACAAUCAACCCCGAGGAAGAGUUGUGUAUCUUCUACGGCCAUAAUCUCUGGUUUGAUCCCGUGGGCGCCACAGAAAAUUUGGAACCUCAAGUCUGUCUCGACCAAAGUGAUCAGUCUGAACUUCUUCAUAUCAUGGCUAUCGAUAGUGAAGUGGAUGAGGUCGACAUUCAACCAUGGAACACUGGCGACCUGAAGGAUAUCGUGGAAGCCGAAGCUCUUCCGUUCCUUUGGAAGAAGCUUCAAAUAGAUGAGGAAGAGGAGUCAAUAGAAGAAGUUAGGACAAUGCAAGCCUGGGCGGUUGACAUCCCGGACUCGAAACACAUAGCGACAAUGUUAAAAUGGCUGAAACAGUCAGGUCUCGAGAGCGAUGCUCUAUCACACCUCAAACGCAUCAGGAAAAGAGACAGUAUCUCUACGCUCCUACUCAGCGUCUCGUCCUCUGUUCCUUUACUUCCUACGAACGUUGAUAUUGGAGAUCCCUAUCAGAUAUCUGUCCCCUGCAAUCCCGCUUUAACACAAACGUCACUUAUCUUAAAAAAUACGUUGUGGCCUACUGUAUACGCGCCACGGCGCAAAUGGGAACCCGAGAAAUGGUCUACUGCUAAAGUUCAAUGGGCUCGUGAUGCCAUCAGUCACGUUUUGCGAAAUUCCGCUCAGAUAACUGACGAGCUUCCGGUUGUUGCAUACGUGCCCAAGCCCUUCGAAGAUAAAGCUCUGCUGUCUCGGUCAUUUACAGCCAAUGACACACGUAUAUCCACUGGGCAUCCUUUACGCCAUGCCGCGAUGAACAUCAUUCGAAACAUAGCUGAUUGGCGUGCAAAAACGACCCCCGCCGAUCUUCUUGCCGACCCCGUGAAGCCCGCUACUUCCCCUUCCAAUACCAGCCUCGAAAACUCAGACACAUCGUGCAAUGGUGCAAAUUACCUGUUGACUGGGCUUACGCUCUUCAUAACCCACGAACCAUGCAUCAUGUGCAGCAUGGCACUGCUGCAUUCGCGCGUCAAAGAGGUUUUCUAUAUUGUCCCCAUGCCACGGACUGGAGGGUGUGGUGGAUCUGCAUGUUUGCCUGCACUCAAGGGUGUUAACCACCGCUACAGCAUCGCGCAGUGGAGACAAAGAGAAGGCAGCGCAGCCCCAGCACAUCUUGACGAGCAAGUAGAUGCAUAA